AUGCAAGCUGAGGCAAAACCCCCGCCAGGAAGCCGAAUACCGACAUCAAUACCGAGGGGUCUCCAAUCCUCUGGCCAUGUUCUACGACUCGAAGACGAGACGCAACUGGCCGACCAUGUUGCUUUGAUUGCUCAUAGUUCCGAAGGAUUUCCGGAGAUAGCGGCAGUUUGCAUUGAGGAGCAGCCAGACCAGCAAGGGCUUAUCAUACGACUCGCUCGUAAAGAGCUGCAGCGAACAGAGGAAGUCGAAAGUAUACGAGGUCUACUUGGGGUUCUAGAGGGCUGCACAAGUGGGGUCCUACACAGAAGCGCCGUACAGGAUCGACUUUUCAACGGAGUACUAGCGAUUAGUGAAAAUCGAAUCCUGCAGAGAUUGAUGCCGCCCUGGUACCCUGCACCAUCUCAUUGGAGUGCAAAGCAGAGACUGAAAAGGACAUCGCUGCGCCACCGCAUGACGACGUUGCUACUUCCUAAACUACGAGGAAAAAAAUUUCACAUGGUUGACCUGAAGUUGACUCAUGUCUUAGAGGCUUUAGAGCCUUUAGAAUCAAAGCAAAUCGGCCCUGAGUUGCGCAAGCGCGUAGAAAUCGCAGUGCAAUGCUGCGCCAACGCAUCUAUCGGCACAGAACAGAAGUCACUCGAGUCACAGCUCAAGCCUGCUCUGAACCAGUUCUCUGAGGCAGCACGAAAGGUUGUUGCCCAGAUCAACAAAAUUGUCAGAUAUCUCAACUUAAGCAGAGACCUGGCCAAAAUAAUGAUGAGAAAGGCUUAUCGCAAUAUCUUCAAACAGAUCACCCUCAAGCCUCUUCUUUCACCCUCACCUAUUCUGCCAAAUGGAACGGCAAACCUUUGUUUCGUCUACGCGUAG